UAGAAAUGUUCCUUCAAACUGUUCGGUAUUUGCUUUUGGCGGGAAUUCUUGCACCCAACCUGGUGGCGUCCGAAGGAAUCGAGUCCUACGAGAACUACUACAACGAGAUCCAUGUUGAUGACGAGCAGGCGGAGGCCAAGACCCGAAAUGCGUUGACUUCUCCACUCCAACGCUGGCCAGGCAAUAAGAUAUUCUAUCGCAUCUCCACGGACUACAGUGAACAGGAGGUGGCCAAUGUGCGGGCAGCAAUGUCGAGUUUCGGCGAGCAAACCUGUGUGCAGUUCGAGGAGAUCGAAGGAUCUCCGCCCGCAGGCAAACGAUAUGUGUCCUUCAAGAAAUCGCCCAAUAUGUGUGGCACUCGAGUGGGCUAUCAACCCCUGUCCUUUGGCCCGCACGAAGUUGUUCUUAACGAGAAAUGCCUCACCAUGCCGGCUGUAAUUCAACACGAAACCCUUCACCUGCUGGGCCUUUUCCACGAGCAGAGUCGUCCCGAUCGCGAUGAGUACGUGCAAAUCGACUACGACAAUAUCCCGAGGAAAUACUGGUCGCAGUUCAUCGCCAUGGAUCAGACAACCACCUUCAAAGUUCCAUACGACUACGAGAGCGUAAUGCACUAUUCGAAGAACGCCUUCGCCAAGGAUCCCUCAAAGCCAACAAUUCGAGCCCUAGUCGGUGGUAAGGCCGUGGAAAGGGAAAUGGGUCAGGUGCGAGGACCUUCCGAAGGGGAUUGGACCAAAAUUCGUUUGAUGUACAAGUGCUAGAGUGGAGAAAGCAAUCCGCGAGGACUAGGAUUGGUAAAUAAAUAUGUUGCGUUCUGAAGUGGAUGUGUUUAAAUUGAAUGGUUUAAUAUGGAAACUAUCAGACCGAUUGCAUGGCCUUUCAAUCUUUUAUGGCUUUUCAUUUGAGUCUAUCGCUAAGUCAUUUAAGCCCCACCCACUCGAAAAGUGCUACCCGUUUAAUGCCAAUCAUUCAGUGUCCGUUAACUGGAAAAACGUUUUUCCAGCCUCUUGAAAAUGGGUAGCCGCUCGAACAUAAAGGAAAUCCAAAUCCAAGCCCAAGGCGAAUGCAUUUGAUUUCACAGAAGUGCAAGUGUAAGUGUCAGUUAACUUUGAAGCAGACUAAGGAGCAGUUGGGGAAGAAAGCGGGGCUUCUCGAUGCUGAAUGGGGUCUGCCGUGGAUUGGGCAUGAGUCCAAACGACUGGGCAGCAAACAAUCCGAAUCCCUGGCACUUAAUGUGCACUAAGUGCUUAAGAAGGCCGAGUGUCUGGAGCUGCCUAUUAGAAGUCUCUCACUCCGCUGUCCAGUAACCACCCACUUUGGAACAGGAUACCAUUCCAUGGAUGCCGUUUUAUUUAAAUAACGCUUUUAAAUCCCUGACGGCUUUGUAAAAAUCGAAUUGCACUAGUUAAAGAAUCA